AUGCAUCACAAAGAGGAAGAAGAAGCUCCCUUGAACGACGAUGUCUCUCGUGGCAGCGACUCUGGCGAGUUUACCAGGUCCUACAACUAUGUCCACACCAGGCGACCAAGACGCGGAUGGUGCAAUUGCCUGGGGGUGACGGUGUCUUUGCUCGCGAUAAUCAUCAUCUCCGGUCUUUGCGGAGCGUGGAUUUCUUUCUAUUUUCUGAAUAUUGACCAAAACUGUGCAGCGCACACGACACAAUGGUCUCCUCUACUCGACGACGUGGAAAUAAAGUACGCGUUCAAGGAAUUUGACGGCAACUUUAUGGACGAGAAUAUAUACCGGCAAAAUGGAUCGUCGGAAGUCGACGCUGCCUGGGAGGCUUUGGGAGUCGACUACCGGGCGGGCGUCAUUUCGUAUGAGGACGGACUGGCCAGUGGACUGGACGCGUCUUUCGUGCAGCGAAGCGAAAAGUACGGCGGUGGCUUCCUCGUAAAUGUCGAGGGAAUGCACCAUCUGCAUUGCUUGAACCUCGUCAGAAAGUCAUUGUACUUCAAUUACGAUCACUACAAGGCCAUAGGGAAACACGCCUUUGAGAAUAAGGGCGAUGUAUUCCAGCGGCACGUCACUCAUUGCCUCGAUACCAUCCGCCAAGUACUCAUGUGUAACGUCGAUACGGCGGUCCUUGGCCAAGUGUGGGCCAGCAAGGAUGAUCCCAUCGCCUUUCCCGACUUCAACACGAGGCACAUGUGCAAGAACUACGAGGCCGUGAGGGAAUGGGCAGAGAAACUUCAGGCCCCUCCCAAUGACGAGCUUCCCCCGGAUUUCUUGCUCAUCCCGACCGCUGAACAGAUUCUUCCGAAAAUCCCAUGA